AUUGAGUUAAUUGGUUGGUUGUUGUGUUUUAGGCAUGCGGAAAUUGGUUGCAGAAAAAAAGAGGUCCUGUAGAUUUAAACGUUUUUGAAGAGUUUUUGCUCCACUCCAAUGGGCUCUCUCCAGAUACUCUCAAAACAAAAAUGUGCUUUUAGUGCAAGUAGUGGCAUGGCUGUCAUUUUGCUGCAUGAAUCACUUCACCCAUUUCAAAUCCAUGGUCAAGAUUUGAUGCGUUGCAUAUGCAACUUGUGAUCUUGAGCCCAUACAGUUUUGGAGGAGAACAAGAAGUAGAAACGGAAGAAAGGAGGAAGAAGCACGACAAGCACACGGUUUGCUUGGACCCCAUGAUAAUGAUUUGUGUUACUGCACGUGGAAGAAGUGGAUCUACGGUUGGAAAUAGUGAUCAGAAUGAGGGAAGUGGUCUGAGGAAUAUCUGGCAAUGGGAUGAGGAGGAUCCAGGGCCCAGAAUGCACGAUGGGUUGCUUUUGUCAUGGAAUACCGACCAUGGCAGUUUAAGGCCACAGAUGAUGGUUUUUGUCAUCAUGAAAAGACUCCUACUAAUGAACGCUGCUCUUUAAUGAAUCUGUUGUGAUAUUGUACCAUGCACUUUUAAACUUACAUGUACUAUUGCAUUCUUCACCUCGAGAAGCCUUGCUAAGGCUAGCUAUGACCAGCAUGCAACAUCGAAGGGUCGAGGGAUGGCUUUCAGUGUGGAUAGUCUCAGGCUGGCUCUGCCUCCUGGUGAAUGCACAGAUGAAGAUACCACCAGAAACGGUUCAGGUGUGGGCCAAUAUCUUUGCUGAUCAAGUAACUGCCCUUGCAGCCAAAUACUCUGGAGCACCUCUCUUGCAAAAGAAACUUAAAGAUGUGGAGCCCAUAGUCAAAAUUGAAGAUGUGGAUGGAAGGGAACUUGUGAAGGAGUUCUCUGAUGAGAUUGAAAGGAUGUUGGGCAGUAAAAUGAAAUCUGUCAAGAGGCUUGCAGAUACUGCAGAAGAUGCUGAUUACUACCAUGAUUACAAUGCAACAUUACAGUUUGAUUACUACAAUGCAAUGCUUAUUAACACAAUGGAUGAUGAGGGAAACCCCAUCGAACUAGGUGGCGAGUUUAUAGUGGAGGAAAAUGAGCAUUUCAACAAACUACCUGUGAACACUUUACAGAGCGACAUCCAAGUGCCCACAAAUGUCUACAAUAAAGAACCUAAUAUCCUUAAUGGUGUGUACAUGUCAGAGGCCCUAAACGAUGUCUUCGUUAGCAAUUUCCAAAAAGACCCCACGCUCACAUGGCAAUACUUCGGGAGUUCCACAGGAUUCUUCAGACUCUAUCCAGGCAUCCAAUGGACCCCUGAUCCCAACGGUGUGGUGUCUUUUGACUGCAGGAACAGGAACUGGUACAUUCAGGCUGCCACGUCGCCAAAGGACAUCAUCAUUGUUGUUGAUAUCAGUGGAAGUAUGAAAGGGCUGAAACUGACCAUCGCCAAGCACACCAUCAACACCAUUCUGGACACACUUGGAGAAAACGACUUUGUCAAUGUCAUUGCUUACACUGACUACGUUCGGUACGUGGAGCCCUGUUUCAGAGGCACACUGGUGCAGGCCGACUUGGACAAUCGCGAGCAUUUCAAACUGCUUGUGAAUGAGCUGCACGUGAAGGGUGAGGGAAAAGUAAAGAAGGCCAUGAAGGAGUCAUUCAAAGUCCUCAAUGAGGCCUCAGCCAAUGGCAAGGGCAGCCUCUGUAACCAGGCCAUCAUGCUGAUCACAGAUGGGGCCAUGGAGGACUUCCAGGAGGUGUUCGAGGAGUUCAAUUGGCCAGAAAAGAAGGUCCGAGUCUUUACUUACCUUAUUGGACGUGAUAUGACUUUUUCUAACAAUGUCAAAUGGAUUGCUUGCAACAACAAAGGUUACUACACCCAUAUCAACACACUGGCAGAUGUGCAAGAGAAUGUUAUGGAAUACUUACAUGUGCUGAGUCGACCUAUGGUCAUAGACCAUGACCAUGACAUCAUCUGGACAGAGGCGUACAUGGACACUGUGCUCCCUAACACAAAGGAGCUAUUCAACACCAUGGCUCACAGUUUGCUGUUAAUGACAUCUGUGGCCAUGCCAGUGUUCAGCAAGAAGAAGGAGACGCUUUCCCAUGGUAUUCUUCUGGGUGUGGUGGGGACUGAUGUUCCUCUAGUAGAAGUGAUGAAGUUGGCACCCCGAUACAAGCUGGGAGCUCAUGGCUAUGCCUUCCUCAUCACCAACAAUGGCUACAUCUUGGCACACCCAGACCUACGGCCUUUGUACAAAGAUGAGAAGAAGAGGCUGAAGCCCAAGCCCAACUACAACAGUGUAGACCUGUCUGAGGCUGAGUGGGAGGACACGGAGGAGAAUCUGAGAACCUCCAUGGUGAAAGGAGAGACCGGUACUCUGACAUUAGAUGUGCGAGCGUCUGUGGACAAAGGAAAACGGCCCUUGUUCCUGAAAAAUGAUUAUUUCUACACAGUCAUUGAUGAUACUCCAUUCAGUUUUGGAAUGGUGCUCACUCGAGGCCAUGGCGAGUAUAUAUUCUUCGGGAACGUGUCCGUGGAGGAAGGAUUGCAUGAUCUCAACCAGCCAGACCUCAGCAUCGCAGAAGACUGGACCUACUGUGAGACGGACAUUGACCCUGAUCAUCGCAAGCUCACUCAGAUGCAGGCUGUUCUCAAAUAUCUCACAGGGAAGGACCCUGACCUGGAGUGUGACGAGGUUCUGCUGCAGCAGCUGCUGUUUGAUACUGUGGUGACUGCUCCGAUGGAGGCCUACUGGACCGCCAUGAUGAUGGAUGCUGCCGGAAUUGAUCCAGGAAUUGAGACGGCCUUCCUGGGGACUCGGUCUGGACUGCUGCGAGUCACCAGAUAUGCAGGCAGUGAAAGGCGCGUGGCAAAGAAGUUCCUCACUGCAUCAGACAAGAAGAACCUCUUCACUGUGGACCACUUCCCUGUGUGGUACCGGAUGGCAGCAGAGAAUCCCCCGGGGAAGUUCCUAUUCUACGUGCCCACAGACGAGGACAGCAAAGGUGGGAAGUAUGUCAUUGCCGUUACGGGUGUGACGGUAACAUCUGGACCACGGACAGCGCUGGCUGGAGCUAUUGGAGUGCAAAUGUCACUGACUUUACUGGAGUCCCGGCUGCUUUCUAUUGCAGUUCAGCCCAAUGAUACAGACUGCAGCAAUGUGGAGGGUGUUUGUCCUCUGACUUGUGAAAGCAUUGACCUCAACUGCUACAUCAUUGAUCACAAUGGAUUCAUUGUAAUCUCUAAAGAGAGAAAUGACGUUGGUAAAUUCUUUGGGGAGGUGGACGGGUCAGUGAUGGCACAGCUGCUGAAAACGGGCUUGUACAAGAGGGUGGUGCUGUAUGACUACCAGGCUAUGUGCAAGACUACGCACGGUCACUCGAGUGAUGCUCGGCCACUGCUCAGUCCUUUCUAUGGACUAAUGGGUGUGGUUAAGUGGUUCAUGUCCAACUUCCUGAUGUUUUUGCUGGAGUUCAACAUCUGUGGACUUUGGCACUCAGAUUAUGUGGCAGAUGCCAAGUCUGUGUACCAUGCAGGCCAUAAACAAAAGAAGGUGGAAAUCAUGCAGCCCUGUGACACUGAGUAUCCCGGCUUCAUGUAUGACACGUCCAUUACUGAGACCAACAGCAUCAUCAAAUGUGGCCGCUGUCAGAAGAUGUUUGUUUUGCAGCAGAUCCGUAACACUAACUUGGUGAUGGUGGUUGCACAAGCAGACUGUGACUGUUCUCGCCAAUACUCACCGAUCACACUGACCCCAAAGGAGGUCAAAUAUAACGCCACAGUCAAGUGUAACCGCAUGAAGUCCCAGAAGAUCCGCCGGCGCCCGGAGUCCUGCCACGCUUACCACCCUCAUGAAAAUGCAAAGGACUGUGGAGGAGCUUGUGAGAUCAGUAUAUCAGUGGCUCUGCUGUUUGUGUCCUUGGUGACUUCUCUUGCUUUGCGAUGAUGGGAAGAUGUCCCAGAAGAGGAGUUGAGAAAAUGUAUUGUAACUCUGUAAUUUUCCAUUUAAUGCUGUUUAUAACAUCAGAAAAAUGCAAACAAAUAGGCAUCCAAGGUUAUCCAAAACAAGUGAAAACGGCUAUUUUGUCAAAUUAGAAAAUUAUGGACUUUGCUGAAAUGCAUCAUACAUAUUCUUCAGUCUUAUUCAGAAUAGAGCAUAGUUGAAUUCAUGAACUCAGUGACUAAAGGCCAAAUAACACACCACAUGAUCUCCAGAGAAUAAGGCUUCUGUGGACAGUUCAUCACAGAACACGGAGGAGCUUGAGUGCGAGGACCUCUACUGGACUUAAGGUUGCAGUGCAACCGCAAACAUUUUAGAGAGAUCUUUGGAACGAUGGACUGAUUGUACAUGCUCAGAACAGUGUCAUAGAGUAGAGAGACUCUGUGUGAAUUCUACCCUACAGUGAAAGGAAGGCAGAGGUCAUCAGAACUGUCUGUCAUGUAAUGCUCCAAGUCAAAUUACCUAUUAAGAUAACUCUAUGUGUAACAGCAGUCAGCACGGAUGUUCACUGGUGUGUUUCAUGUAGACUUGAUUUGUAGGACUUGCUAAGGCUUAAGCAUGUGUUUAUCUUAAACAUGUCUACAGAUUGGUGGAAACAAUCAAUUUAGAAAGCAUUGAUAGAGUUGGCAAGAGUUAAAGGAAACAAGAUACUUAUUCUAAACUGCACAAGUGUACCAAACACGUAUUUCUUAUUCCAUCUGUAUGUUUUUUUCAGUUAUCUUUUUGUUUUUCAAAUAAACUUUAUAAACUUGUGUUUAGGCAAACAAAUGUUAGGUGUUGUAACUGGUUGUGAGCUAACUCAUUUCUAACGAUUUUCUCCAUGUACCAUGGUAUCCCCUUCAUCAUACUCGACUAAAGUAUGAGUAAACUGUGAAGCUCUAUAUCUGUUGCUAAAAACUGCAGAACAAGAUACCUAACACUGAUGCAUAAAGGGCCAUUUUACUAAAUUCUACUCUACUCACUGUAAGAUUCUGUUAAUGUAUGUAAUCUAUGUUAUUGUAUGUAAUAAUGGCAUUGUUACCACAGACACAGAAGUGCUGCUUUUUCCCUCAUCAUGUACCUGCCUGAGCAUGUGAACAUGGAUCACUGAGACAAACACCUGGCCUCAAUGCUCAGGCACAGCAGCAGGUUCUCACACAGGGCCCACCCAGGAACAUGGCCCACAAUCCCUGGGCCACCUCUCUAACUGACGCUUCAAGAAACCUCAAGCCACAGUGCCCACCCUGGGGCAAAACAGACCGAGCUAAACGGGGCGUUCAGGGGAAAGAGAGUGUGGAGAGCCGGUGUGGUCUGGCCUCCCUUCCUUUUUUUCCUUGGCCGUCUCCCCCCAGAAUGGGCUGCAGCACCCUUGGCAGCUACACGUCCCAGUGGGAGAGAUGGUCCCGUCACUACACAGGCAAGCGGCUCACAUGCCCACAGCAGCUGGAGCCAGAGGACCGUCAGAAGACAAAGAUGCAGUGGCUGAGCCUCUCAGCAGCGCCACCUGCAAAACAUGCAGGGAAUGCUCCAUCAUGUAGCACAAAAGGAAUGACCCAAAGAUGCAAGAAGUCCCAGCAGCCUCCACCAUUUCAGAUCAGUCGGGUAACAGGAGUUUCCCCCUCUUGGUCUUUCAAGGGCAUGUGAGAGUCGCACGAAAAGGCAAUAAAUAUUCGUAUUGGGCCAAUGACACAAA